UCGACCAAUGAGCUGGCCACUUUAGGGUGACGCACCACCGGAAAACACAUUCAUUUUACCGGCUGCGUCCGAGUCUCACACACGGUGUCUUCCAGCAGCGGUGAUAGAAUAUAAAAGCACCGGGUUAUCACUUCUUUUCUGCCGGAAGAUGUUGUGUUUAAUCGGGCUGUCGGUGGCCCUGGUUCUCAGUCUGCUUCCCGGUUCAUCUGAAGCCCUGAAAGAAGGAGAGUGUGAAGUCUGUAUAUCCUUCCUGGGGAAGUUCUACCAGUCUCUGCAGGACAACAACGUGAACUUUAAGAGCGCGGACAUCGAGACGGCGCUCCUGAAGAGCUGCAGAGAUGCUAAAGGGAAAGAGAACCGCUUCUGUUACUACAUCGGGGGGACGAGCGACGCCGCCACCAAGAUCAUCAACGAGGUUUCCAAACCCCUGAGCUACCACGUGCCGGUGGAGAAGAUCUGUGAGAAACUCAAGAAGAAGGACAUGCAGAUCUGCGAACUCAAAUACGACAAACAGCUGGACCUGACCUCGGUGGACCUGAAGAAGCUGAAGGUGAAGGACCUGAAGAAGAUCCUGGAGGACUGGGGCGAGUCCUGCAAAGGCUGCGCAGAGAAGUCCGACUUCAUCCGCAAAAUCACCGAGCUCAUGCCCAAACAUGCCCCUGCAGCCGCCAAGGCACGGACAGACCUGUAACCCCGAGACACACACCACAACACUUUGGACUUCAUUUGGACCAGUGAGGAGGAGGAGGAGGAGGAGGAGGAGGAGGAGGAGAUUUGUCUCACUUGUCUGUCUGUAAACUCAUCUGGUAACUGGACACUGAUUUAGAGUUCUGAUUAAAGGGAACUGUGGGGAUCGGGAGCUGUCCUCAACGGAAGCUGAACUCAUACAUUAGUCGAGUUUCUCCAUAAAUAUUCAUGCACCAAUCUUCCAAAAUGCCCAAAAGUUUCAUGGAAAUAUGUAAUUGAGCUGGAAAAACGUCUAAUUGACAGAGUGAAUCUUCCUCAGCUGAGAAUAAAACCACCAAUAAGUCGAGUAAGAGGCUCAAAACGUAUUCUCCAAAAACUCCCACAAAAAGUGGAUUUUGGUUCUCAAACUGACGAGCACCUUCACCAAUAUUUGUGCAGAAGCAUUCUUUUAAAUAGCUUGUUUGAAUAAUAGGUCCUUUAGGCUAAACGUUUUUUAAAUGACUUCACAGCGAAAGAAAUGAGACCAAAACCAUCUGUUAGUCGUCUUAGAGUUUCUCCACCAAUAUUUGUGUAACGCGCCUCCUGCAAUCCUCUCUUUACCCAGAUAAGUUAUGAAGCGUGAAAAACGGCUCUAAAAAUGACUUAUUCGGCCGAGUACAUCUGAGUGAAAGCACCGAGUCCACUGAGGCACUGGGCAGCUGCUGAAAACGUGACCGACGCUCCAAAAGAUAGUUUCUAUAUUUAAAAUAAAAGAAGUCCUUCAGUGCCAGCUCCAUGUCCUCUACCCACAAGCCACUGCUGCACCACCAGAUCCAAACGCCAAGGUGCUUCUACUUUAAAGGCCUUUAACCCCCCCCUCCCGGCUUAAUGCAUCCUGUUAAAGGGGAAGAGCUCGCAUUACGUCGCUGCAUUUCCUCCACCAUACAGCCCUGCAGAUCUCCCAGUCGUCCCAGUGUGGCAGGUGGAGUCUUCGUCACCGUCUUGGUUUGUUUUGGAGGCCGGCAGAACAUGGGAGCCCGUUUGGACCCAGAAUGAGGACUGUGUUUCAUGAAGGAGGACACAGGACAGGAUUUUGUUUAAAGGCCUUUACUGUAGAGACCCCCCCCCCUCCCUGAACCUCCAGUUUUUGUUUGACAACAGUCACCGUAUUGCGACCGGGGUCAAACUAAAUGUGCCAUUAUUAAAAAAACAAAAACCUGAACGUGACGUCUUAUCUUCUUUCUGUAUCACCCCCCCCCCCCCCUCUCUGCAGGGUUACAGCGCCAUGCAGUCCUGCAGAAACAACGUUAUCGGUGUGAAAGCAGCCCCCCCCGUUUUAUAAAAAACAAGUAAAAAAAGGGUUCAAUCUCGAAAUACUUGAGGUUCAUCGCAGUUUACUCAUGAAUGUCAGAAAAGCUUGUUCCUGUUGAAGUGAUUAUUUCUGGGGUUUUGGAGAGACAUUUAAAAACCUCCAGCAGAAACGGAUUAUGAUCUAUUGUUGACAUUUACUUGACCCCAAAAACCAAUCUAGAAAAUCAAGCAGAUGAAUCAGCAAUGGAAAGAGCUCAUUUGCGCCUGGGUUUGAUAAGGAAUGCUUGUCCUGAAUCAGGUGCUUUUAUUUUGAAAAUUCAGAUGAAAUUGAGCAAUUUUGGUGAAUUUGGUAUCCAAAUAAGUUUUGCACUCAUAACAUUUGGGUGAGUUUUGUUAAAGCACAUUUCUUUGAUCCUGUGGCACCAUUCCUAAUACAUAUUUAUUAUUAGGUUUUUUACUUUUACAUCCUUUUCUAAUUUCUAGUGUUUAUUUUGGGUCUUUGGUUUGGCUGAUUACCUCCUGAUAGUUCCUGUGGUGUCAUCCAACAAGGCUUUGGAUCAUAGGGUUGUUUAGAUUUAACAAAUAGAUCUGGGGGGUUAAAAUAUUAAUCCUGAAGGUUUGACCCCAUGUGCUGUUUGUUAACACGGAGGGAAAACCUGCAGUAGAAAGUCCUCCAGGAAGGGGUCCAUAUUUAAUAUUUGAUGUAAGCAGACGGUGAAUACUUAAAGCAACGUGAUGAAGGGUUUGUGGAGCUCGAUACGGGAACGUAAAAUGUGCUGUUUCACAUUUACCUGUCGUUUGUUACCGCUGUAUGAUUCUACUUUUUCAUUAAAACAUGAAAAGUCAA